AUGAGCAAGAAGAAAGAAGAAAAGGAACACACAAAUUUGUUGUCUGAUUUUGAUGACAUGGAUUAUCAAGAUGAGGAUGAUGUAACAAUUAUUGAUGUUAAGGGUAAAAGAGUGGCAAGUGGAACUGGAAGCAGAAUGAAACCUCCUUCUUAUCAUGAGGUGAGACUUCCCCUCCUCAAGAAAGAACUGGAGUAUACAGACAAUUUAAUGCGGGAUCAUAGAGAGGAAUGGGCAAAAUGCGGAUGCACAAUUAUAGCAGAUGGAUGGGAGGAUAAAAGACACUGGUGUUUGAUUAAUUUUCUGGUGAAUUGUCUUAAAGGGACAAUGUUCAUUCAAUCUGUUGAUGCUUCCUCUUAUUCAAAGACCGGUGAAAAAAUGUUUGACUUGCUUAACAAGUUCGUGCAGCAAAUUGGAGUAUCAAAUGUGAUUCAAGUAGUCACUGAUAGUGCCUCUUCUAAUGUUGUGGCAGGGAGAAUGUUGGAGGGAAUGUACCGACAUUUGUAUUGGUCACCUUAUGCUGCACAUUGUGUGGACCUGAUGUUGGAGGACAUUGCUAAGAUCGCAAAUAUAAUGAGGACCAUAAAGAGAGCUAUAAUGUUAAAUGGUUAUAUUUAUAACCGUUCGGGUUUGUUGAACAUGAUGAGGCAUUAUACUGGACAUAAAGAGUUGCUUAGACCUGCAAUGACUCGAUUUGCCACUUCAUUUAUCACGUUAUCAAGCAUCCAUCAUCAAAAGGAUUGCUUGAAGAAGAUGUUCACUUCACAAGAAUGGAUCUCCAGUAAAUGGGCGAAAGAGAUAGAAGGGAAAAAUGUAGCACAGAUUGUGUUGAUGCCUACAUUUUGGACAAGCAUUGUGUACUCUCUCAAAGUAGCAAGCCCUCUUGUUCGUGUACUUAAGUUGGUUGAUGGUGAGAGAAGGCCUCCAAUGGGAUAUAUUUAUGAGGUUAUGGAAAGGGCUAAAGAAGCGAUAGCUAAAGCUUUUGGUGGUAAUGAGGAGAAGUAUAAGGACAUCUUUAAGAUCAUUGAUACUAGGUGGAAUAUCCAACUCCAUCGCCCUUUGCAUGCAGCUGGGCAUUUCUUGAACCCAGAAUAUUUUUACAGCAAUCCAAAUAUUGAGCAAGUUGAAGAGGUGAUGGGUGGUUUAUAUCAAUGCAUAGAAAGAUUGGUUCCAACCACUGAAGAGCAAGAUAAAAUUUCUUUGGAGUUGAGUAGAUAUAUGAAAGCUAAUGGUCUAUUUGGCUCAUCAAUUGCUGUUAGACAAAGAAAGUCAAGGGCACCAGCCGAUUGGUGGUCCGCAUAUGGUUCUACAACUCCUAAUUUGCAAAAGUUUGCUAUUAAAGUGCUUAGCCUCACAUGUAGCGCAUCUGGGUGUGAACGAAAUUGGAGUGUAUUUGAACAUUAUAAUAGAGUACUAAAACGACAAUAUGACAUGUGUGAUAGGAUCGAUCCCAUCUUUUUAAAAGAUAUAGAUGAUAGCAAUGAGUGGUUGGUUGGAGUAAUGGAUGAAGAUGUAGAUGCCGAAAAUGAGUUGGUGUUUGAAGAUGGCUCUUUGACAUGGGGUGCAGUUGUUAAAGCUACCGGGGCUGGAGAGUCCAGCCAUAAUUUAAGAUCAAGAUCAGCUCCAAGGGCAACAAAGAGGACAACACCUUCAUGCUCGUCUUUACUACGAAUCAUACAUGAUGACGAGGCAAACUCUGAAGAGACAGAAGAGGAAGAAGAUGCUGAGCGUUACAAAUCUUUUGAUGGGGACGAUGAUGAGACUAUGUUGUUUGGUGAAGAGGAUGAUAUUUAG